AUGGCGCAGCCAGAGCCGUCAACAAGCGCUCAGGCUGCUCCGGCAGCCGCAGCCUCGUCUGGACCGUCAGAAGCGGCCAUCGCUUCUCUCAUGACGCAGGUCCAGCAGGGCGCUCCUCCACCAGUGGGCACACGAUCCGGAGCUCGUCCGGUGCGCAAGGUCAAACGAACAGACCAAGAUGCGGCGAAGGCAAAGAAGAAAGCGCCCUCCAAAUCGGGCGAUACUUCUGCUGCGCCCGCCCUAGUGUCUACCGCUGGUGAUAGUCAGGCUACUGUCAUCUCGCCCGCCACGACAUCGCUUGAGCCCGGCAAGCCAGAGCCAAUUGAAAAGACAGACGAUGACAAGACUGCUGAAGGCCACGAGGAGCCCAUCAGGCGGUCACUGGAUAAGCCGGUGCAAGCAGCCAGUGCAGCACCUCAACCACCGCCCGUAGGAGCGCCGCGCGCGCAAGUGUCAAGUGAGAAAGGCAAAGCGAGAGCCUUGCCCGCAACAUCGGAGAAAGCGACCAAAGGAAAGAAGAAGAAGCGAUCGAUCUGGGUCGUCAUACUUGCAGCGGUCGUACCCUGCGUCUCCAUUGGCGCAGAAAAGGAAAGCAAAGCCAGGCAAGCAAAGGACAAGCCAGCAACCCAAACUAGAGAAAAGCCAGGUCCUCCCUCGCGCGAUAUGGCAACGCCUCCGACGCCCUACGUAGUAGAGAAGGAUCCGAAUGCAUCCACCGACUCAAAACAAUCGAGCACAGAGUCGACGCAGAAGCAUCUGGGCGAAAGUAUGCAGCCAGAAAUUGUGGCCGCUAACUCACCCCAAGGCGUUCAACUUCCACGAGACGAAACAGAAGGUGUCUUGUCUGGCGCAGUACAGUCCCCCGGCUCGGACGGUACACCGGAUCGAGCGAGUCUACGGAAAAAGAAGCGGAAGGGUGCCUCUGCGCGUUCCAGCAGAGACAAUGUUGCGGGCGCGCUCGCAGGCUCAGAUAGCGAAGCGGAAUCGUCUCACAAGGCGGAAGAAGAGACUUCGGAUCAGCUCACUUCUGACGAGGACGAGGAGAUUGACGAUGAUGAUGACGAAGAGAUCGAAGAUGAUAGAUUACUACUCUUGGGCGGCAUGGGCAUACCUAUGGAUUCCGAUGGGAACCUACACCCACUGUUGAGCGAGCUGGGCGAGAUAGACAAGGGACGCAAAUGUCUUGUGCUCGAUCUGGACGAGACCCUGGUGCACAGCAGCUUCAAAAUGAUACAUCAAGCCGACUUUAUCGUGCCCGUCGAGAUCGAGAAUCAAGUGCACAACGUCUACGUGAUCAAGCGCCCGGGCGUGGACCAUUUCUUGCAGAAGAUGGGAGAGCUCUACGAAGUCGUCGUCUUUACUGCUUCGCUCUCAAAGUAUGCGGAUCCGGUGCUCGACAUACUCGAUAUACAUCGCGUCGUUCGACACCGACUGUUCAGGGAGAGCUGCUACAACCAUAACGGAAAUUACGUCAAAGAUCUUUCUCAGCUCGGCAGGCCGAUCGGCGAAACGAUCAUCAUUGACAACUCUCCGGCAUCCUACAUCUUCCAUCCGAAUAACGCCGUGCCAGUGUCUUCUUGGUUCAACGAUCCCCACGAUACCGAGCUUACCGAUCUUGUGCCCUUCCUUACGGAUCUGCAGCAAGUCGACGAUGUUCGCGGCGUGCUCGACGGCGGAUUGUCCCACGGGUCAGUUGUCGACUCGAUGGAGAAGAAGCUCGACUCGGCGUAG